UUGAACCCGUCAAAUUUUCUUAGGAUUUCUAAGUAAAACGGCGUUCUGUUAGUUCAUAAAUUUAAGGUGUUUUUUUGUUUGGGGGCCUUUUUCGAUGCCAAUUGCCGCGGCGAGUCCUUUAAUAACCAUUUUUGCGCUCUUCGUGUUACUAUUUGACAAUUUUAAGGUCCGUUCUAGACCGUAGUGAAGCCUCGUACAUCUUCCAUCUGACUGGUGGUAAUCAAUGAUCCUGGACGAAAUGUCUGACGAUUUGCCCAAUACCCUAACACCAAGGGAGGAGGAGAGCGCCGGGGAGUUUAUAACUCCUACUACACCGGUUCAAUUGCCAUGGGCUCGUCUAAUUUCUUAUAAACCUUACUUGAGGAGCAUAGAUGUAAUUGGUGAAUGCUUCACAUUUGGAAGAUCCAAGGACUGUACGGUGAUGGUAUGCUCGAGGAACAACUUCCCCAGAGAAUUUCUAGUGAGCAUCUCAAAAGUCCACUUUAAAAUGGAGAAAUCGCCUGAGGACGGUCUAGUAUACAUAAUAGACUUGAGCAAGAACGGUACAUACAUAAACAAGGAAUUAAUUGGCAUUAGGCAUAAGCGUAUUUUAAAAAAUAUGGACGAAAUAUCCCUAGGGGGUACAGCAUCCAGGCAUGUCUUUUAUAAGUUCCUUACCCAAGGAGAUGAAACGAAAGAUGAUUUUUUACCUGCUGAACUGGCCGGUAAGUUUGCCAAAGUAAGACAGCUUGGGAAAGGGGCUUGCGGGGAAGUAUGCUUGGUAAAAGACAGGAAUACAUUCCAGGAAUAUGCCAUUAAGAAGAUCCACUUGGCAGAGAGUCAUACAUCUUUGUUAUAUAAAAUAAAUCAUCCGAACAAGGUUAGGAAUGAAAUUGAAAUAUUAAAGUCCAUAUCUCAUCCAUUUAUCAUUAAAAUGUUCAAUAGGCUGCAGUCAGAGAGAGUUGAAUAUAUGGUGCUUGAAUACAUGAGAGGGGGAGAGCUAACUGCUCGAAUUCUUAAAAACAAUGGUCCGAUGUCUGAGAGUUUAGCGAAAUUUUAUUUUCUUCAAAUGACCCGGGCCAUUUCCUAUUUGCAUUCCCACCGGAUCAUUCAUAGGGACCUUAAGCCGGAAAACAUUCUCCUUUUGGACGAAAGGGACAAAACCAUCUUAAAAAUUGCAGAUUUCGGUCUAAGCAAGAACACUAUAGACGAUAUGGCCAUCACUAUGUGCGGUACUUUGAAGUAUGUGGCCCCCGAGGUGAUUUGUCCACAGUUCCGUGAAUAUGAUUGCAUUGAAGAGACAAAUAUUUACGGGCCAAAGGUGGAUGUGUGGAGUUUGGGGGUUAUCUUGUAUUAUAUGAUCACCCAAGAGCUGCCGUUCAACGGCCGUCAAGAGAAAGAACUGGCAACGAAAAUACUGCACUGCAAGUAUGAUUUAUCAAAGGGAGUGUGGAAGGACGGUCAGAAAAACACUUUAAAGCACCUGAUAGGCAAAAUGCUCGUUUUACGACCGCAACAUCGGUACCAUUUGGAGGAUGUCGUGAGGCACCCCUGGAUUCAUUUGGACAAAGAGGUUCAAGCUGACUUAGAACUGCUACUAGACGAAGAGGGACUGGAGGAUCCCAUGCAGGAGCUCACCUUGGGGCCUCCCACCAAAAAACUGCGCUUAGACGACGGGUCGUCGUCCUCCUCCUCCUCCUGUUUAUCCCUGGGAAGUUCCUCGGAAGAUUUAUGUCGUAUUUCGACGGCUAACCGGAACGCCAACAGUUGUCCCACCUUGUGUUAUCGAGAGGAGACGUAAGCAGUUGUUGUUUUUUUAUUUUUUUUAAUGCUGUAUCUAAGUGUUGAGUUUGUUGCGCUAUUGUUUAUUUAGUUCUUCUUACAGACAUAAAGAGGGUGGGUUAGAAUUGCAAAGUGUCGCUAAGUAUUUAUUAAAUUUAAAUAGGAAAGUUGAGGCGACAGGAAGAAUUUCUUGGAUAAAAACAAUUUACACAUUUAUAAAUAGUCUAGAAUUCUAUCGAGCACUGAAAACGUCCUCUGCAUAUUAUUAAAUCAACUAAAUUUACAGUAAAAAAUAUUCAUAAAGUAGUGCACAACAAACUUAAUUCUAGCCACCCUGUAUAUUUGUAAAUAAUCAUUAAAGACCAUUCUCUCUUAACUAAGAGGGAGAGUUCACGAUCCUACUAUUAAGAUAGUAAAAGUAUUUGGAACAUUAUAUCCUGUUAUUAUAUAUACAUCCGAGUUACCAAAACAGUUAUGACUCAAUUUGCUUGUUUAGUCAUGAAAUGUUUUUUUUGUUGUUUAUGCGUUGGCACCAAACGUUUCCUGUACAGGGUGUCCCAUAUGGAAGACACGGAUCAUUUUGAGCCUCUAACGACGUGUUUCUUCAUGAUCUUGAUAUUUUGGCUUUAAAAGGCAUCGUGUACAGAAAACGGUGCUUUAUUUUUGUUCGUGCUCGUUAAGUAUAUAUUAAGUAGUACUUUUGUUGUUAGUUUGUACGUUUAAACAUUAUUUGGCCAAUUUUUUUUGGCGAAAAGGCUGUUUUAUUUUUUAUGUGAUAAUUUAUUGCCAACGUUUGGCAAUUUACACGUUUAAGGAUGACGUUUGUCGCAUAUGUUUAAUUAAUGUUCCUGUUACAUACGAUUAUAAAGUUUUUUUACUUUUAUAUUAUAUUUACAGUUUUUUCACAAAUAAAUAAAACUAUGAGACACC